AUGGCUCCAUUUGAAGCACUGUAUGGUCGGCUUUGCAGAUCACCAGUUUGUUGGACUGAAGUUGGAGAAGUGAGUCUAUUGGGCCCAGAGAUCGUGCCAGAAACUACAGAAAAGGUGAAACUUAUUCGACAAAGAUUAGUGGCAGCUCAAGAUCGUCAGAAGAGUUAUGCAGAUAAAAGGAGAAGACCACUAACCUUCGCUGUCGGUGAUUAUAAAAUCGGAGAGGUUGCGUACAAGUUGGCUUUACCCCCACAGUUGGCUGGAGUACAUGAUGUUUUUCAUGUAUCUAUGCUGCGGAAGUAUAUAAUGCACCCUUCUCAUAUCAUCAACUGGGAAGAAAUCCAACUCAAUGAAGACGCUACCUUUGAGGAGGGACCAAUAGCAGUUAUGGGCAGACAAGAAAAGAACUUGCGAGGGAAGACAAUUCACCUUCUUAAGAUACUCUGGCGUCACCAUGGUAUUGAAGAGUUCACCUGGGAAAGUGAAGACGCGAUGCGGGCAAAUUAUCCACAACUAUUUGAGAUGUAA